AUGUCUGGCUUCUGCAAUGUAACCGACACUGUGUACCAAUGCUGCAGGAUGUAUGAGAAGAGAAAAUGUCGGAGGGUUUCACCGGUGCACCGGCGGCGGAUAGCUCCACGGUUCGUCGCCGGCGAUGAUCCGCAUUUCCUCCUCGCCGGCUACUGCCUCUGCGUCCUCCUCCUACGGUCCUACCUCGCCUCCAAGCUCCUGCCGAAAUGCCGCUCCCUCGCCGCCAUCAAGCAACUCCACGCCCACCUCCUCCACUACGCCCACCGUGCCUCCUUCCCUUACAACCACUUCCUCUCCAAGCUCCUCUCCCUCUUCACCUCCUCCUCUGCCGCCGCUACAACCGACUCCACCGCCGCUGCCUCCGACUACGCUCUCCUGCUCCUCGCAUCCCACCCCGCCUCCACCGCCUUCUCCUACAACGUCGCCAUCCGCUUCUUCGCUUCCUCCCGUCCCCACACCUCGCUCCGCCUCUUCCUCGAAAUGCUCCGCUCCGACCUCCGCCCAGACUCCUACACGCUUCCUUUCCUCCUCCUCGCCGCCGCCCGAUGCCCCGCGCCAUCUCUCGCCCGCGCGCACGCGCUGCUUGAGAAGAUCGACUUGAAUAGCCACGACCACACUGUCCAUUCUCUUAUCACCAUAUACUCCUACCUUGAUGAUCCUGGAGCCGCACGAAAGGUGUUCAACGGAAUUCCCAGCCGGGACGUGGUCUCUUGGAACGCUAUGAUGAAGGCAUAUGGGCGGGUGGGGAUGAACGGUGAGGUAGGCAGGAUGUUACGGGACAUGGUGAAGGACGGUGCAGUUGUGCCCAAUGCCGUGACGUUGGCUGUCGUGCUAGCUGCAUGCAGGGAUGAGGGAGAUUUGGUGCUUGGAAGGUGGGUGGAAGAGUGGUCAAAGUCCGCAGGGAUGGAAACGGACUCUCUUGUUGGCUCGGCACUUGUGGGUAUGUAUGAGAAGUGUGGAGAGAUUGCAGAGGCGCGGCGUGUGUUUGACAGCAUCAUUGACAAGGACGUAGUCGCUUGGAAUGCCAUGAUUACUGGAUAUGCGCAAAAUGGCAUGUCAAAUGAAGCCAUUUCCUUGUUCCACAACAUGAAGAAAGCAGGCGUAUGUCCAGAUAAGAUAACAUUGGCUGGAGUCCUCUCGGCCUGCUCUGCUGUUGGAGCUCUGGAGCUAGGUUCUGAACUGGACGGUUACGCCUCAUGCAGAGGUCUCUACAAUAAUGUUUACGUCGGGACAGCCUUAGUGGACAUGUACGCUAAGUGUGGAGAUCUUGACAAAGCCAUAGAAGUGUUUAGGAAGAUGAGAUGCAAGAAUGUAGCCUCUUGGAAUGCCCUUAUCUGUGGCCUUGCCUUUAACGGGCAAGGUGAUGAAGCCAUUCAGCAUUUUGAACUGAUGAGGAACGAGGAUGGGCUCAAGCCAGAUGAUAUCACUUUCAUAGGUGUCCUUUCUGCUUGUGUACAUGCUGGGUUAGUGAAAGAUGGCAAGCGCUGGUUCAAUUCCUUGACAUCUGAGUUUCAGAUUAUUCCUAAGAUUGAGCACUACUCAUGUAUGGUUGAUCCAUUGGCGCGGAGUGGACAUUUGGAGGAAGUGUGGGACUUCAUCGAGAAGAUCCCUGACAAGGUAGAUGCAGUGAUGUUGGGGGCUUUGCUUGCAGCUUGUCGAAAAUGCAAGAAUGUUGAAAUUGGUGAGAGGGUCAUCAACAGGAUCAUUCAGCUGGAACCCACAAACUCGUGGAACUAUGUGGUGUCGUCCAAGAUAUACGCCAGCUCAGGUAGAUUGGAUGACUCAGCAAAGAUGAGAGGGCUAAUGAGGGAAAGAGGUGUCAACAAAACUCCAGGUUGCAGCUGGGUUGAGAUUAGUGGGAAAGUCCUUGAAUUCUAUGCAGGGGACGAACCACAGCAUGGUGCAGAUGAUAUGUAUCAGGUCCUAGACCUACUGGUUGAUGAGAUGAGGUUGGAAGGAUAUGUUCCAAAUCUUGAUGUGGUGUAGCAAAUAAGUUUCAGUUGUUGCCGUCUUGCUGAAAGUUGCUUCUGCAUUGGUGUUUACGUCUCUGAGGCUGUGACUUUGUGGAUAUGUGAUACAAGUUACUUCAUGAUACCACCUUCCUAACUGAAAUGUUGCUUUGCUACAGAAUUGGGAUGGGCAAACACAAUUUAGAACGGCAUCACACUAGAGAAAAUUCUUGGCACAAUUAUUCAGGAAAGUGACUCAAGGUUGCCACCUGGAUAUAUCAACUUGAUCAGCAUGUAUGGGUAUGCUGCUUCCAGAUCUCAUAUAGGCCCCAAUGCAAUCGCGACCAACUGUUCCAUUGAAUCUUGCUUAGAGGUUACACAGGAGAUCCAGAAUUUGCGAUGACGGCUACCUACACCCUACGUGUUGACGAAGCAGGCAAGAUUGUUGCUGUUGAAGAUCACAGAAUUGUAUUUGGGAUAAGCAAUCCAUCAAUGUACCCUGCAAGCAUUGGCUUCCCAAAACCAGAGAACUCUCACGAAGGCGGUAAUCUGAAAUAGGGGCACUGAUCAUCCUGCACUACAGAUGCAACAAUUUUUGCUAUGCUGCUUUUCAAGUGGCAAGCAGCAAUGUUAUCUUUGUUAUUGAGGCAUUUGCUUCUCCUUCUCUGUGCAUGCAGUAGCAUCCUCUGUUUAACACGAUUGUUUCUCCUCUAUUCUGUUUAUUAACAUGUAAAAAUGCUGUUCCUGCUCCUCACUUUUGCAUCAGCUGUUUUAUACAAACAUGUGAAAACUCAGAA